CUCACUCUCAGCUGCAGUGGAUCAGACGCAGAGCUCCAUCUCUGCGCGCUGCACAUCCGCUCAUCUGCCGGGAAACGGCCGCCUGAACGCCGGGAGAAAAUGUCGCUUCCGCCGCUGAGUCCCUCCAGCCGCGUCUCGUCGAACCGCUCCAUCAUCUGACCCGGACUCUGCUGGUUCUGUCGGCUCCGAUCCGCGUUCCGAUCCAGUAGAAAAACAAAGAGUCGUGAGUUAAAAGAGAGAGAGAGAGAGAGAGAGAGGCAGAGAUCUAUUUUUAUGAUCGUGUUUUUUUUAUUUCAUUUUUUUUGGGUUCGGAUCGCAGAACCUUCCUCAUCAUGUGGAGAUGAGCUGCAGGAUCAUCUGGGUCCGUCAGGCUCCGCGUCCUCCUCCUGGGUCCUGAUGAACCGACUCGGUUCCGAAAAUAAACUCCAUGUUUUAAACCAGAUCCCAGUAAAGAACCGGAUCAGAUAAUUCUGUCUGAAAAGCAUCAGAUCUUCUGUCAACUUGAACUCCGUCCCGGUCCGCUCCGGUCCGGUCCGGACACGUGUUGAGUUCACUCCAAACCGUCCAGCUGCUCAUUAAAAAAAAAAAAAAAAAAAGGGCAGGCUAACCUUGGCCUGGUUCGGCUCGGCUCACCUUGAACCAGCAUGCUGCUGAUGCUGUCCUCCUCCGGUCCUCGGAACCGGCUCCUCCGGGCUUCUCUCACCCUCCUUCUCCUCCUCUGGCCUCUUCCGUCCGCAGGGAAGAAGAAGCUCUACAUCGGAGCCCUGUUCCCCAUGAGCGGGGGCUGGCCGGGGGGCCAGGCGUGCCUUCCCUCGGCCCAGAUGGCCCUGGACCUGGUCAACAACCGGACCGACAUCCUGCCGGACUACGAGCUGGAGCUGAUCUACUAUGACAGCAUGUGUGAUCCAGGAGAAGCCACCAAGCUGCUGUACGACCUGCUCUACACCGAGCCCAUCAAGAUCGUGCUGAUGCCCGGCUGCAGCAGCGUCUCCACGCUGGUGGCUGAAGCUGCUCGCAUGUGGAACCUCAUAGUGCUGUCUUACGGUUCCAGCUCACCGGCCCUGUCCAACCGCCAGCGCUUCCCCACCUUCUUCCGCACCCACCCGUCCGCCACCCUCCAUAACCCCACCAGGGUGAAGCUGUUCCAGAAGUGGAAGUGGACACGCAUCGCCACCAUCCAGCAGACCACUGAAGUUUUCACUUCGACUCUGGACGAUCUGGAGCAGAGGGUGAAAGAGGCGGGCAUCGAGAUCAGCGUUCGUCAGAGCUUCCUCACCGACCCGGCUGUCGCUGUCAAGAAUCUCAAGCGCCAGGAUGCCAGGAUCAUUGUGGGGCUCUUCUAUGAGACCGAAGCCAGGAAGGUCUUCUGUGAGGUGUUCAAGGAGAAGCUGUACGGGAAGAAGUACGUGUGGUUCCUGAUUGGCUGGUACGCCGACAACUGGUUCAAGAUCAAAGACCCGGCCAUCAACUGCACCGUGGAGAACAUGACCGAGGCCGUGGAGGGACACGUGACCACCGAGAUCGUCAUGCUGAACCCCGAGACCGUCCGCGGGGUCUCCAACCUGACGUCGCAGGAGUUCAUCGGGUCCUUGAUGUCCCGACUAGGAGGGAAGAACCCGGAGGAGACGGGUGGGUUUCAGGAGGCCCCUCUGGCCUACGAUGCGGUCUGGGCUCUGGCCCUCGCCCUGAAUAAGACCGUGGCCCCCCUGAAGGCCCGGGGCCGACGGCUGGAGGACUUCAACUACAACAAUCACGACAUCACCUCGGAGAUUUACAGAGCGCUCAACACCAGCCUGUUUGAAGGGGUUUCAGGCCAGGUGGUGUUCGACGCUCAGGGCUCCAGGAUGGCGAGGACGCUCAUCGAGCAACUGCAAGGUGGCGUAUAUAAGAAGAUCGGUUACUACGACAGCUCUCAGAACAACCUCACCUGGAACGACAGCGACGUUUGGAUCG